AUGUUCACGCUCUCUCCCCUGAGCCGGGGACAUGGCAAGUUGGUCCAGAGCAAACAGAAGUUCCAAGUCUGUUUUGAACCAGAGGAUUACUUAAACUGGAAGUCUCCAGAAGAUUAUGUUCUGGUCAGCAAACCACAGGAUAAGGGCGACCCCAACCAGCACAUAUGGAGCCUCUUACUCCCUAAAACUUUCAGCACCAGAAAGGGUGUCCUAAUCCUCUACUCUGAAGGUUUAGCCAUAUCAGCAUGGACACCCGAAGAGAGGAGAAAAGGCUCCUACCGCCCCAAAGGCCACAGGAAAAGCCUGGAUCCUAACCUACUCACACUUCAGGACCUCAGAGAAGCCAUCCUGGCAUACGAAAGGAGACAGGGGGAACAGGAUAAAGCCUGGCAAUUGUACCUCUGCUUUUGAAGCCAACCAGAGAUCCACGCCCUCCGAGGUCUCUUGUAGACAUGGCCCCCUGACACCAUGUACAGGCUCCAAGGUACCUACACUUCGGGAUACAUCAAGCAUUCUGUGCUGCUCCAAGAAAGUCACCUUAAAGUACCAAAGAAUCUGAGACCACAACAGGAUUUUUCAGGGGUACCCCCAAAAUGCCAUCUCCUGCCUGUCUUCCCUCCACUUUGGAUUCAAUAAGCAAAAUUUUUUGAACCAGGUCAGUAGGGGCUGGAUGAAUGGGGAGCUGGGGCUGGUGCGCUGGACCAGGGCUCUGCAGCCAAGAACCAUGGCAAUCAGGGGACUCACUUGCAGCAACUCAGGAAGCAGCCCUGGCAGGAAGAUGAAACCCAGGCAGAGGACACAUCAAUAGAGAACCACCAUCGUACGCACGCUUCAAAGGAAAACCACAAUGAAAAAACACAGCAAACCUCUAGGAGGGCCUUUGGGCAUGCCCACAUUAAUCAUCCUGGGCUCCUGAGUGACAAAUCCCACAUUACAUUCUACAGCGACGCCUUCCCCAAUAGGAAAGCAGAUCUCAGCGACAAACAAGGGAAUAUGAAACUCCACAAGGGCAAAAGCAGCCACUCAUUACAGGAGUCUCCUGCUGGAAGAUGCCUCUUCCCUCCUGUGGCAUCUGCCACUGACCCACCUGGGGAAGUAAAGAAGAAAAAGGAUUCAAAGGCGUUGAAAUUACCUCCUAUUUCUGAAGAACCACCCAGAGUCCUGAACCCCCUGAGGAGUCCAUUUAAAGCCAGUGAGCCCCCAGAGGAGCUCCUCAUCUUCCCAGUGGAGAUUCAUUUCCACACCCAACACCACUCAAAAGAGAAAGUACACAGAAGAGGUGCUACAAAUGCUGAGUCGGGACCAGAAAUAGAAGAGGCCAGUCCUUUAUGGAGGCCUCCCGUGAAGCCUGAGUCCUUAGAAAGGCUGAGGGAGUUAGCAGUGCAUGUCCCAGUGGAUACGGGCAGGGACACACUCUCACUUCAAGGUAGCUACUCUCACUCUCCAGCAUCCCACAGGAAUCUCACUCCAAAGGGAAGCAAGGCAAUGCACAGGGUCCUCAGCCAUGGAAAAGGAAGCUGGAAGGGAGAUGCUAAUGCCCCACUACAGAAUGUGACCCCGCCACUGUCCCUGAUCAAAGGAAGAAAAAGCCAAAAGGGCCAGAGGGGCUGGGACAGCCUGAGGGCAUCUGGCCACAGCAGCACUACAGGCCCCCAGAACAUGAGAUGGUCCAGGGGUGAACUCCCAGCAGUUCAAGAAGAUUCCAGAGACCCCUCACUGGGACACUUCUUGCUGGGUCCAGAUGGAGAAAACGUCUGCCUGUCAAUCCCAGGGCCUACCCAAACAGAGAUGCUUCUGUCGGGUGAAGCCUGUGAAUCUGUCAGUUCAAAUAUCAGUCAUGAAAGUGAGGGAUCUAAAGGAGAUAUGAUAGUUUGUGCAGCUUAUACACAUGAACUCCCAAAGUAUGGUGUGAAGGUUGGCCUGACAAAUUACGCUGCAGCAUAUUGUACUGGCCUGCUGCUGGCCGGCAGGCUUCUCAAUAGGUUUGGCAUGGACAAGAUCUAUGAAGGUCAGGUGGAGGUGACUGGAGAUGAAUAUAAUGCGGAAAACAUUGCUGGUCAACCUGGUGCCUUCACCUGCUAUUUGGAUGCAGGGCUUACCAGAACUACUACUGGAAAUAAAGUUUUUGGGGCCCUGAAGGGAGCUGUAGGUGGAGGCUUAUCUAUCCCUCACAGCACCAAACGAUUCCCUGGUUAUGAUUCAGAAAGCAAGGAAUUCAAUGCAGAAGUACACCGGAAGCACAUCAUGGGUCAGAACGUUGCAGAUUAUAUGCAUUAUCUAAUGGCAGAAGAUGAAGAUGCUUACAAGAAACAGUUCUCUCAGUACAUAAAGAACAACAUAACUCCAGACAUGAUGGAGGAGAUUUUGGACCUCGAAAACACUGAAUCUGGAACUGAUCUUCACAUGAAUCUUAAUGAAACCUCACCUUUGAUCCAAAAGCCAGAGAAGCAGGCAGCCCAGCAGUCCUUGGAGGCAGCAGCUCAGAAGACAGAAGAGCCUCAAAGUUGUAUAAAUAAAGGGCUGAUAUGUUCAAACAGAAAAGAAUUUUACACGCGCAAGCUGCACAUCGACAUGACGCUGUUCCUGAAGGAAAGUGGAGAUGAACUGGACUAUCAUGAAGAAUCAGGAGGACCCCUCAGAGAAAAUCAUCAAGACACCCAAGACCCAGAGCCAGGGAGUGUGACCCUGAGCCCUCUCAGCGCUUCCCGGGCUGAGCAUAUCCAGAGGCCUGAGGCAGACACUGUCCGUAAGGCGGGCAAAGAUUAUGACAUAUACCAUCUGCAAGGAAGACUCCCAGAACCUGGGCCUGAGUCCCCAGAGAGGUUGGGUCCUGUAGACACAUCUCUUCUUCCAAAAGAAAGAGAAGGGAAGACUAAGCCAAGAUUGUCCAAGCAGCAAACACCAGCCAGCAUGAGUCAUGAGAAGGAGUUGAUUGACAAUGCAAAGAGAAAGAAAAGUACCAAGACAGACAAGUCCAAGGUGCCCAAGGCGGGGAGAGAAGGAAAGGUCCACAUGGAAACAAAAGCUGCUGUCGGAAAGUCAAAGGAAUCAAAGGCUAAAAAGAAAUCAGAGCUAAUUCCCAAAGAAAAACAAACAGGAGCCAAAAGGAAAAGGGCACGGAAGGAAAGGAAUCUGGAAAUAGCAACAGAGUGGAGUGGGCCUGACGUCAUUAACGCUAAGGAACAAGGCACCUCAGAUACAGGUUUCUUUCCUUUAGGCUCUGUUGUAGAAGACCCUCGGCUUUCUCCCAGACACGAUGCUCAGGAGAGCCAAGUUUCAAUAAAUGGAAGAUCAUCGCCCACCCAGAUUGUAACUGUCACAGGAAACAUGGAAAAUGAAGGAGAGGGAAGCCAUGAGGUAGGAUCCAAUGACCUCCUCGCCAAGAGGGAGCAGGGGAAAGCUUUCCGGGACAGGCAGCGAGCAGAGAGGGCCGAGAUGAGACGGCUGGAGGUGGAGAGGAAGAGAAGGGAGCAGGAAGAGCAGAGGCAGCUCCAGCAGGAGCAGCUGGAGAGGGCAGAGAUGAUGAAGGAGGAGCUGGAGCUGGAGCAGCGAAGACGCGCGGAGGAGAUCCGCUUGAGGAAACAGAGACUAGAGGAAGAACGGCAGUGGCAGGAAGAGGAGGAAAGAAAGCAAUGGCUCCAGUUGCAAGCAGCCCAGGAGAGAGCCAGGCAGCAACAGGUGGAGUUCCAGAGGAAAAUGCAGGAACUGCAGAGAAAAAAGCAGCAGGAGGAAUCUGAGAGAGCUGAGGCAGAGAAGCAAAGGCAGAAGGAAUUGGAAAUGAAGCUAGCAGAACACAGACACCUGAUGGAAAUGGCUGAAUCAGAACGGCUGGAGUACCAACAGCAGAAACAGGAAGCUGAAGAGAAGGCUCGGCUGGAAGCGGAGGAGAGAAGGCAAAAGGAAGAGGAAGCAGCAAAGCUGGCUCUGGAGGAAGCCAUGAAACAGACAGAGGCACUAGCCAGGUAUCGGGCAUUUGGGCAAGUUACCACACGGGACUGUUCAAGGGCUUCACUGCCCAGCGCUAGCACUUGCACUGCAUUUGAGCAAGUGAGGUUUUCCCACUUCCCUGAGCAUAGUUUGGAAGAACUAAAAAACAAAUAUUCUUUCUGCAAAUGUCGCUAUUUAUAACUUAUAGAACCUGUACGGAAACUGGGAGGGAGUUUAGAGAUUACUUCAGCCCUUUGGUUUACAGAUGAAGAAAACAAGUCCCGAAGAUGGGAAGGGUCUUGAUCAGGGCCAGACGAUGAGUUAGGGGCAGUGCCAGGACCAGAUCUAAGACUCACUGAUUCUGAACCACUUGCCUUUCUCAGGAAGUAUUUAUUGGGUACCUAUGCUGUGCCACACCCUGUUCUGGACACAGGGAAUUUAGGAGUAAGCAAGAGAUGUCUCUUCUACCAUGCCGUUUACAUUCUAGGGGUGGGGGCUGGGGGGAGUUGGGAAGAGACUCUGAACAAAUAUAUUUAUAAUUUAGCUAGCAAUAAAGGCUAUACAGAAAAAUUUUAAACCUGUGAUAGGAUUGCA